UCAAUGAAUUUCUACUCAAUAGAUUUUGAAGAAUAGGAUUAAUAAGGUACUCUAUUUUAUAAUAUCUAGAAUUGGUUUAAGAACCAUAAAUUCAAUAAGCUGAAUAAUUAAUGUAUUAUGAUUAUGAUCAAAGUCUAUAGCAUGAACCAGAAUAACUUAAUACAUUUGAUGGAUAUUUAUAAGAGGAGCCUGUCCUUUUGUUUAAUUUUGCAGAAGAAGCACCAAAGAAAAAAUCAAGGCUGAUUAACAGAAAAUCAAAAAAAGUAAAAAAGACAGAUUCAGAAACUGAAGUUUCACAGAGCAAAAAAUCAAAAUCACGUAUCACAAAUAGCGAUUAUUUGAAACUUUAAUAAUGUUAAAGACUAAAAAUAAUAAUUACUUAGAUGGAAUCUCUCUUGCAACAAACACGAACUUAAAUUUUUAACUAAUACAUUAAAAAUCACUCUAAAUGAA